CCCGAGUCUGCAUGUGGGCCAAUUCUCUCACAGUUAUCUCAUUGAUUCCUUCUUACAUCGUCUUCAACCUCCCUGCAUUAUCUUAUGCAUCUCUAUAUAUAUAAUCAGCCGCAUAUCUCCCUCCCCCAUCACUCAGAUCUCUUAAUUCUGGUUUCUUAUCCACCCACUGUAUACAUCGUAACUUGUAAUUUGUUUCCAAUUGGGUCUAUCUUUUUACUUUCUAAACAAAAAUGGAAUUGAAGAACAUGGUCGCCAUGGUUGCUCGAACAGGUCGCCAAUUGCAGCGAUACGACAAAGGCCAUCGUCAAAUCGUUGGAUGUAUCCCUUACAGAAUAAAAUCCAACAAAGGGAAGAAUUUAGAAGAUUCAUUAGAAGUUCUUGUCAUUAGUGCACAAAGAAAAGGCAAAGGCAUGUUGUUCCCUAAGGGAGGUUGGGAAUCCGAUGAAUCCAUUAAAGAAGCUGCUCUAAGAGAAUCGAUAGAGGAAGCUGGAGUAUUUGGAACUGUUGAGCGUAUAUUGGGUAAAUGGUUAUUCAAGAGCAAAAGCAAUGAAAACUAUUACGAAGGGUUCAUGUUCCCUUUACUUGUGAAAGAACAACUCGACUUCUGGCCUGAAAAAGAUAUUCGUCAACGAAUUUGGGUGAGUGUGCCAAAAGCUAAAGAAGUUUGUCAACAACCAUGGAUGAAAGAAGCAUUGGAUUUGCUAGUAAAUAGGCUCGAAUCAUCUCAAACCAUUGAAGAAGAAUCCGUGUGACUUAUAUUUAAAUAAGAAGUAGAUGUAAAUAGGAAGAUGAUUUAUUGAAGAAAAAGAAUUGCACUUGGAUCGAUGGCUUGCGUAUUGCAGAUCAAGGCAUUUGUUAGAAGAAAAGAUCAAAGAAAGUGAAGAAACAAAGUAGGAAUGUAAUUUAAAAAUCACUAACUUUUGUUUCGAUUUUGUUUUAAUUUCUUUCUUCUGAGUUCAAGUAAUGGAACUUAUUUUGAUGUUUUUGUUGUACGAUUUGGUUCAUCAUCAGCUAAGCUUCCAUUCAAUUCGGGUUAGAGUUAUGGUUUUGAGUUGAUGUUUUCUUAAUUUGAUGUUGAUAGGCAUAUUCAAGAAAGAAAAAAAAAAUCGUAUAAUGUAAAAACUACUAACAUAAUAAAAGAUGUAUUAUUUUUGUUAAUACUAAGUAACCACUUAAAUAGGUUAGUACUAAGUAACUAUUUAAACAUUUACCCUUGUCUUUUCCUUUCUUUGUAAUUCAUUUUUCCUUAAAUAAUAAACCAU